AUUGGCGUUGGUCAAAAAGUGCGCAACGUGUUUGCCUGUGUGUGUGUUCCGCCGGGUGUACAGUUUGUUUUUUUUUAGUUUUUUGGGGUGUUUGUUUCUGUCUGUCGGCUCCAUCGUGCGAAACGGCAGCUUGUUGGAGCAACCGCAAUUAAAAGUCCAAACGCUAAUUUGAACACCACAGAAUGCAGGCCGCCACAUCCCAUGUUUUGAAACUAUUGCCGUUUUUCUCAAGUGUGCUGCUCUACUUUGCUCUGGUUCGUGAAGAUCCACAGGGUGAACUAUGGACCACAUGCCUCAAGUGUCUGCCAAUUGUGUCAUUGAUGAUUUAUGUCCUGAUUAAAGGAUUCUCCUUUAAUAAUGACUAUCUUCGCUCAAGGUGGAUCUUGCUGGGUUUGCUCUUCUCCUGCGGCGGAGAUGCAUUGCUCAAUAUUAAUUUAUUUUCCUGGGGAAUGAUAUCCUUCGGCGUGGCGCACACCUUCUAUGUAAGCGCAUUUGGCUGGCAUCCACUCAAGUGGCUAAUUGGAUUAAGCCUUUAUAUACCCGUAGUGAUCUUUGUUGUUUUCGUGCACAAGCAUUUGGAUGAGGUGCUUGUGAUUGGUGUGCCUAUCUACUGUGUGCUCAUCACGACCAUGUUGUGGCGCUCUGUGGCACGUGCCGUUGAUUCAAAGAAUUUCCUCACGAUCUUCUGUGCUGUGGGCGCUGGUCUGUUUGUCAUAUCCGAUGCACUAAUCGCUGUAACGAUGUUCUUGAAUGUUGACUUGCCGUGCCCCCGAUUGCAGAUCAUGAUAACGUAUUAUGCGGCACAGUUCGCGAUUGCAUUGAGCACUGCGGAUGAUGGACCGGAGCCCAAACGUAAGAAUAAAAUCAAAUAAUGCAGUUAAUUGCUCAAAUAUAUCAUAUAUGUAUAACACAACCACCAAUAUAUGUACUUCCAAAAAGAAAAUAGCGUAAUAAUAGUUCAAGCCAUUUAGUUGUGAUAGUAAUUGUUUGUUAAUAAUAAAAUGCCAAUGUUACAUGAAAUUCACAAUUUAA